AUGAAGAAGACGCCAAAUGCUCCGGUUAGCAAGUUAGCUGAGCCAUAUGAAGAUGUGGGGAGAUACCGUCGGCUUGUGGGAAAACUGAUCUAUCUUUCGAUCACAAGACCAGACUUAUGCUAUGUAGUGAACAAAGUUAUUCAACAUAUGCAAGCACCGACGAAUUUCGACUGGAACACGGUGGAGAGGAUUCUUUACUACCUUAAGGGAAGUCCUGGCCAAGGUAUCUGGAUGGGAAAGAAUAACAACACAGAGCUUGUAGGGCAUUGCGAUGCAGAAUACGCUCGCGAUACGAUGGAUAGGAGGUCAACAACCAAAUAUUGUACAUUUAUAGGCAGCAAUCUAGUGACUUGGAAGUCAAAGAAGCAGAAGGUUGUCUCUUGUUCGAGUGCUGAGUCCGAAUAUAGGGUCAUGAAGAAGCUCACCAAUGAAUUAAUCUGGCUCAAAGCUCUUCUCAAGGAUCUUGGAGUCGAAUCCGAUCACCAUGCAUUGUGA